AUGCCCUUAACUGAUGAAAAUCAUAACAAUGAACUACCACCAGAUGUCAUAUUAGAAACUCUACCAUAUCUGUCCACUGAGGAUAUCAAAAAUUUGUCGUUAACAAAUAAGUACUAUCAUCGUCUAUUAGAUUACAAGAAUUCUGAUACUCUUUGGAAGGAACUAUACCAUAAAGUUUACGGUUCACCAUACAGUAAUGUUGAGCCGUUUCAAGGGAAAGGUCCAGCUACAUUCAAGUCCUGCUCUGAACAAAUUAUGAGUAAUCCAACAUUACCUAGCACCUGGGCUGACCGUUAUAAAAUAAGAACAGAAACCGCAAAGCUGCUAACCUGGGGCUCCAUUAAGCAAGGUAGACUUGGUUAUACUGCAUCAUCAAACCCUUUUAUUAAUCCAUUAACAAAUUACUUAACUCCAAUACUAGAAAACACAGGAGAUGACGCUGAGCCGUAUAACUAUAAUCCUACCAGAAUGGCUGUAUUUCUUCCAACCCAGGUGCCAUGGGAUUCAGAGGAAAACUCCACUCACAAUAAUAACGAUAGCAUAGUAUCUGUUGCCGCUGGGGGGUUUUCAUUCCAGGUAUUAACUAAAGCAGGUAGAAUAUACUCAACUGGAACAUCUUUCACCGGUGGGUUAAGAGGACCUGGACCAAGGGAGGGCCAAUCAGAUUAUAACCAAUUUAGGGAACUUGCACAUCUCUUAGAAUUAAGCUUUUCACAACUUACAAAUCCCACUACCUCACAUCAUGGCCCUACGCCAAUUAAUACUCACCGUACAGUUAGUAUUCAACCCGACCACACAAAUGGUGUUCCUACUGUCAACUCACCUCACACAGACAUAUAUCAGAAUUUGGAGUCACUUAAUAAGGAAAUUACAGAAACUGUACCUGGGAAUAAAUAUUUGACGAGAAUGUUUCCAAGGGAAUGUUUACCCCUAUAUAAUAUGGGCAAUGAUACUGUUCUUCGGUUUGAUAAAAAGUUACUGGAUUCGGUGAAAUUUUCAGCUGUCACUUCUGGUAGAAGCCAUUUCUUGGCCUUGUCUACAGAAGGGAAUAUAUAUGUGUGGGAUAGUCCCGAAUCAAAUGAUGGAAUUAAAGUUAAAUUUAAAGACUUACCAAAAUCAUCCGUUGAUCCCAUUCUAAAAAUAGCCUGCGGAUGGAAUUUUAAUUGUAUCUAUCAAUACAACAUUGGUUUAGUAGUUUGGAGAGAACGUGAUCCCUUAAAGUCUGGAGAAACAUGUAGUUAUGCGGUUUACGAGGUUAUCCCUGAAACGUUCCAAUCAAGUGGUGAGAAUAAAGUUAUUGAUUUUACUUGUCUCUCAGAUAAAGUGGUAUUUUACAUCGAUGAGGCUGGUGAAUUUUUGUAUAGAUAUUCUAAUAAAAGGACAGAAAAAAUAACGACCCCAAUAAAACAAAAGAUUUCUAAAUUGGUGUCCUGCUAUAACUCGAUAAUCCUGUUCACCGUUGAUCAUUGUUAUUCAUUCAAAUUAGAAGAUAACCAGAUUCAAUUGGAAACGAUAAAGGAAUUGAAGGUUGACGAAGAAAAUGAUGACCAUAUCGUCUCCCUAUCUAGUGGAGACUACCACACACUUAUUUUGACCAAAAAGGGUCAGAUAUACGUUUCUGGGUCUGAGAGCCAAAUGUGUGGUUGUCUUGGUUUAGGAGUAUAUGAAAAUCAACCAUGGGGUCAUCUUGAGGGUCAUAAUAACGUUAUUGUAGAGAGACCACGAAAAAUUGAUAUUGGACAAGGAAAUAUCUGCGUGGGUAUUGCAGCUGGAGGCUGGCAGAGCUCUGCAAUUAUAAUAAGGACUUCAUGA